GUCGAAGCCCACUCCAUGGCCCCCGAGAUGGACCAGUUCUACAGGUCCACCAUGGCCAUCUACAAGAGUAUCAUGGAGCAGUUUAACCCUGCCCUGGAGAACCUGGUGUACCUCGGGAACAACUACCUCCGGGCCUUCCAUGCUCUGUCCGAGGCGGCUGAGGUCUACUUCAACGCCAUCCAGAAGAUCGGGGAGCAGGCCUUGCAGAGCUCCACCUCGCAGAUCCUGGGGGAGAUCCUGGUGCAGAUGUCAGAUACCCAGCGGCACUUGAACUCCGACCUGGAGGUGGUGGUGCAGACGUUCCACGGAGAUCUGCUGCAACACAUGGAAAAGAACACGAAGCUGGACGUGCAGUUCAUCAAAGACAGCCGCCAGCACUAUGAGAUCGAAUACCGCCACCGAGCCGCCAACCUGGAGAAGUACAUGUCUGAGCUGUGGCGCAUGGAGCGCAAGAGGGACAAGAAUGCGCGGGAGAUGAAGGAGAGCGUGAACCGGCUGCACGCACAGAUGCAGGCCUUCAUGUCCGAGAGCCAGCGGGCAGCUGAGCUGGAAGAGAAGCGGCGAUAUCGUUUCCUGGCCGAGAAGCACCUGCUGCUUUCCAACACCUUCCUGCAUUUUUUUGGCCGGGCCCGGAGCACGCUCCAGAACCGCGUGCUGUUGUGGAAGGAGCAGUCGGAGGCCAGCCGCAGCCCGUCGCGCGCCCACUCCCCCGGCCUGCUGGGCCCCGUGCUGGGGCCGCCCUACCCCUCGGGCCGCCUGACGCCCACCCGCCUGGACAUGCCCCAGCGGCCGCUCGCGGAGUUCAGCUCCCCGCGCAGCCGGCACGGCUCCGGCUCCUACGGCCCCGGCCCCGAGCCCGCCGCCGAGGCGAGGUCCGCGUCCCAGCUGGAGCCAGACCGCCGGUCGCUGCCCCGGACGCCGUCCGCCUCCUCGCUCUACGCCGGCAGCACCCAGCGCUCGCGCUCCAACUCCUUCGGCGAGCGCCCGGGCGGCGGCGGCGGCGGCGGCGGCGGGGGCGCCCGGAGAGUCCGCGCCCUCGUCUCCCACUCGGAGGGCGCCAACCACACGCUGCUGCGCUUCUCGGCCGGAGACGUCGUGGAGGUGUUAGUGCCAGAGGCCCAGAACGGCUGGCUCUACGGCAAGCUGGAGGGCUCGUCCACGAGCGGCUGGUUCCCCGAGGCCUAUGUGAAGCCUUUGGAGGAGGUGCCUGUGAACCCCACGAACCCCUUGACCCCAGUGACCUCCAUGAACCUGAUGAACCCUAUGAAUGAGCUACCUUCCAGAUCCUACCCCCUCCGGGGCAGCCACAGCCUUGAUGACCUCCUGGGCCGGCCGGGCAACUCUACAGCACCCUCGGAGUACUGGGACGGCCAAUCCCGCUCCCGAACCCCGAGCCGGAUACCGAGCCGCGCCCCCAGCCCUGCACCUCCGCCCUUGCCUAGUAAUCGCCGAAGCAGCGUGGGCAGCAUGGGGGUGGCGAGUGACGUCAAGAAACUUAUGUCCUCAGAACAGCACCCUCCAGAGCUCUUCCCUCGGGGCACAAACCCCUUUGCCACCGUAAAGCUGCGGCCCACAGUCACCAACGACCGCUCAGCGCCCCUCAUCCGCUGAGGCGCCCUCCUCCAUCCGGGGUCUGAGCUCCUCCCCACACCUGCCCAGGGGCUGUCGGGAGCUGGGGGCAGCAUCAGAAGCGACAGCGGUGGACCCAAGAAGCCGGGGCUCUGGAACUGGGGGUGGCUGCCCCUCCCGGGGGACUGACCUGGGGUCUGGGACCUUCAAAGUAAAGCAGGCAGAAUGGGGGACAGGACAGUCUCUUCCCCUCCAAGGGCCCCAGGACUCUCCCUGGGGGCCUGCCUCGUGCACCCCACCCCCUUUCCCCUUCUCUGCCCCAGGAGGGAGGAGCCCCGCACACCCCCUUCCCCACCCCCCCAUACGUCCUCUUGUUUAACUUUUGUAAACGGGGAGAAAUAAAGCAAG